CGUUGCCUUUCCCCGUGCGCUUACACUCUAUUCCCUCGCUAGGAGAAGAUGGCCGCCACCAUGCUCGCCUCUAAGCAGGGCGCCUUCAUGGGCCGCUCGACUUUCGCCCCGGCCCAGCAGCAGGGAGUUGCACGCCGCGGCUCUCUCCAGGUGACCGCUGGCCUCAAGGAGGUCCGCGAUCGCAUUGCGUCGGUGAAGAACACCAACAAGAUCACCGAUGCGAUGAAGCUGGUCGCGGCUGCUAAGGUCCGCCGUGCUCAGGAGGCAGUGGUGAACGGCCGCCCUUUCUCUGAGAACCUGGUGAAGGUCCUUUACGGUGUGAACCAGCGCAUCCGCCAGGAGGACGUGGACUCGCCGCUGUGCGCUGUCCGCCCAGUGAAGAGCGUUAUGCUUGUCGUUCUGUCUGGUGACCGUGGUCUCUGCGGCGGCUACAACAACUUCAUUAUUAAGAAGACUGAGCAGCGCAUUCGUGAGCUGACCGCCCUUGGCGUGAAGGUCAACCUCGUGUGCGUUGGCCGCAAGGGUGCUCAGUACUUCACCAAGCGGAAGCAGUACAACGUCACCAAGACCUUCUCGCUGGGCGCGACCCCCUCGACCAAGGACGCUCAGGGCAUCGCCGACGAGAUCUUCGCUUCGUUCAUUGCCCAGGAGUCGGACAAGGUGGAGCUGGUUUACACCAAGUUCAUUUCGCUCAUCACCUCGAACCCAGCCAUCCAGACUCUGCUGCCCAUGACCCCCAUGGGCGAGCUCUGCGAUGUGGACGGCAAGUGCGUGGACGCCGCUGACGACGAGAUCUUCAAGCUGACCACUAAGGGUGGCGAGUUCGCUGUCGAGCGCGAGAAGACCACCAUCGCUACUGAGGCCCUGGACCCUAGCCUGAUUUUCGAGCAGGAGCCGGCUCAGAUCCUGGACGCGCUGCUGCCGCUCUACAUGAACAGCUGCCUGCUGCGCUCCCUACAGGAGGCCCUGGCUUCUGAGCUGGCGGCCCGCAUGAACGCUAUGAACAACGCGUCGGACAACGCUAAGGAGCUGCGCAAGGCGCUUACGGUCCAGUACAACAAGCAGCGCCAGGCGAAGAUUACCCAGGAGCUGUCUGAGAUCGUGGGUGGUGCUGCUGCCACCUCGGGCUAAGCGGAUGGGCGCAAGGGCGGUGCAGUAGAGCCGCUACGGGGAUAUAUGGACGCUGUCGGGAAGCCGCUACGCAGCACCUCUUUUUGUUAGCGUGCGCGUCGGCUGAAUGAUGUUAGUGAGUGGCGCCUAUUUUGCCCAAGCCUUUCGUUUGUUUUUGCUGUAUCAGCAGGCACAUGGUGGUGAAGAAGGGGGAAGAAGAUUUUUUGAAUGUGCAAGGCGGUAGCUUCUGUUGUACGGGAUGUGACUUAUUCGAGAAGAAGAGACUCUUGAUUGUGAGCGGCCUGAUUGACAGGUGGGCGACAGCUGCUGUUGAAAUGUUUCCUACGGUUCUGCCCUUUUUGCUGAUUCUGGGUGAGGCCGUUGGAAGGAUUUUCUCAACGAGGCUGUAAGGGCAUGUUGCAGGGUAGGGUAGUGCAACUGGGCGGAGUUUUGCUGACGGACUUCCGUGCUGUUGCCUUUAACGACAAAUGCAAACGCUAUCGCUUAAAUGACGGUAGUUGCCAUCGGCGCGUAAGCGCAUGGAACGUCCUCCAAAGGCAUGCUGUAAAGGCAUGCGAUUCGCUG